AUGUUGCCUCAGAAGCAGGCAGAGGAAGCCAUCGUCUCCAACUUAACCGAGAUGGAAAACGAGGGCAAGUCAGAGGAGAAGCACAAGGAAGAUGAGUCCAUUUUCAGCGUCAAGAGCCUCCUCUGGCAUGGCGGCUCUGCUUGGGACGCCUGGUUCAGCUGCGCAUCCAAUCAAGUGGCACAGGUUCUGCUGACCUUGCCGUACUCGUUCUCGCAAUUGGGUAUGUUGUCUGGGAUACUGUUGCAGGUAUUCUAUGGUCUCCUCGGUAGCUACACAGCUUACCUCAUCAGUGUUCUCUACAUCGAGUACCGAAGCCGGAAGGAGAAAGAGAAUGUUAGCUUUAAGAACCAUGUCAUUCAGUGGUUUGAGGUGCUUGAUGGGUUACUGGGUCCAUACUGGAAAGCAGCGGGACUGGCCUUCAACUGCACUUUUCUUCUGUUCGGUUCCGUGAUACAGCUUAUUGCCUGUGCAAGUAACAUAUACUACAUCAACGACAAAUUGGACAAGAGGACAUGGACAUAUAUAUUUGGGGCUUGCUGUGCAACCACAGUCUUCAUUCCCUCCUUCCACAACUACCGUAUUUGGUCUUUUCUAGGACUUGGCAUGACCACCUACACGGCCUGGUACUUGACCAUUGCAGCUCUAAUUCACGGCCAGGCCGAGGGUGUAGAACACUCUGGCCCCGCAACGCUGGUUCUGGAGAUUAUGCACGCAAUGUGGAAGCCCCAGAAAUUCAAGUACAUUUAUUUGCUGGCCACCCUCUACGUUUUCACCUUAACUCUACCGUCUGCCUCCGCCGUGUACUGGGCCUUCGGAGACCAGCUAUUGAACCACUCCAACGCCUUCUCCCUCCUCCCCAAGACGCGGUGGCGCGAUGCGGCCGUUAUCCUCAUGUUAAUCCACCAGUUUAUAACAUUUGGGUUCGCUUGUACGCCACUGUACUUUGUGUGGGAGAAGGUGAUAGGGAUGCACGACACCCGCAGUAUUUGCCUGAGGGCGGUGGCGAGGUUGCCGGUGGUGAUCCCAAUAUGGUUCUUGGCCAUCAUCUUCCCUUUCUUCGGUCCCAUUAACUCCGCCGUCGGUGCUCUUCUUGUUAGCUUCACUGUCUACAUCAUUCCCGCCCUCGCCCACAUGCUCACCUACCGCAAGGCCUCCGCUCGCCAGAAUGCAGCGGAGAAACCUCCCUUCUUCUUGCCAAGCUGGACGGCCAUGUAUGCAGUGAACAUAUUUGUGGUGGGCUGGGUCUUGGUGGUGGGCUUCGGAUUCGGUGGAUGGGCAAGCAUGACCAACUUUGUCAAGCAAGUUGACACAUUUGGGCUUUUUGCCAAGUGUUACCAGUGCAAGCCCCCAACUACGACAAAACACUGA